AUGGCCUUCGCCCGCCUGUCGUGGCAUGCAGAAACGACGACGAUGCACCUGGACGACGAUCGACGCCUUGCCGAGCUCGUGCAGGCGCGGUCGAUGGCCGACGACGCCGUCGCCCGCACAGCCGACCGCGCGUCCGCCUUCACCAACAGCUCGGCGCGUCGGCGGGCGGCCACAUCCAACGUGGUUGCUGCGACCAUGACGAACGUCCCCUCCGAGGCCACCGCCGCCGACGUCGCCGCCUUUUGCCGGCAGCACGCCAACAUCCUAAGCUUCCUCUCCGUGUCCAUGGCGCCUCAUCACCCCGGCCGACCCGGACGCUCAACGAUCCACGUCGCCUCGCACCACGAGCAUGCGCGCCUGCUCCGCCUCGACGGGGUCCGAUGGCAGCGACAGACGCUUUCCGUGCGCGCGGCGAAUCCUAUCUCGUGGUCGCUCUGCGCCGACGUGGUGAGCCAAGUGUUUUCUUGUUCGUGUCUGCAUGUCCUCUCGACGGCACAGAGCGCCCAGCCCACGUACUCGGUGCUUGAUGGUGUGACCUUGACGUGCUCGGCGACCGAAGCGACGGCGUUUGGCGUCGCGUUCAACGCCGACGGGCAUCGAUACCGCAUCUGCUUCAAAGUCACGAGCGUCGCCCGGUGCCGUGUCAGCAGCAACCGAAGUGGACAAGUCGUCGUCCGCUGGACGCUGCGCGUCCCACCGUUCUGCUACGUCGGUGUCUCGCCGAGUGCCAACGACCGCAGUUGGCCGAUUGCCGAUGCCGUGCAAAAGUGGCAGCGCGCCGACGAUCCGUCGUUCAAUGGCGCCUUUGGCGCGUGUCGCUGCUACCAUCUCGUGCUCGACGACAGUCAACUCGACCAUGUCCUUGCCGUGCUGCGCAGCUUUGGCGUCGCCGAGGUCGUGCGCGACAACGCAGCACCCACGUACGCCAUGCCACAUUCGCCGCGUCGCACGGACUGGGCCCACGGCUACGCGUCGUACUUCGAUAGCUUUUCGUUUCUAUUGCGGUAUGCCGUCCACGUCCUGCUGUCGCAAGACAUACUUCUUCUCUCAGACGCGCACGACGCCGAGUGCGUUGCUGCGGUCCUCGCGGCGUCCGGUGCGUCGGCGCAGCAUGUGCUUGGCUUUCUCCAGUCGCCGACACGCGGCCCACCGGAUGCACCACUGGCGCUCCAGUCGUUUCUCGACUACCUCGAUGCGACGCCGGCGCCCGAGAAUGCCAACGCACUCAGCGACCAAACGGCGUAUGGCGCCGAGAUGGCCCUCGCCACAGUACCAGAAGUGCGCCGGGUGCUCGUGACGCCAUUGCGCAUCAUCGCCGAAGCCCCGCAAGUCGACGUGUCCAACCGCAUCUUGCGCCAGUACGCUCAACAUAUCGACCGGUUCCUCCGUGUCAGCUUUGUCGACGAGAAUUUCGGACCGCUCUACAGUGCCAAGAGUCCUCGGGUCCUCGACCGCGUUGCGUCAGUUCUGCAUGACGGUCUUGUCGUCGCCGGCGAAACGUACGUCUUUCUUGGGUACUCGAACUCGCAACUGCGCGUGCACAGCUGCUGGUUUUACCGGAACCCGCCACGGGGGUCGACGCUUGUGCCAUCGGCGACGUCGAUCUACCUCUCGCUCGGUGAUGUGCAUGCGAUUCCAUCGGGCAGCAAGCGCGGCGCCCGGCUUGGCCAAGCGUUUAGUACGACGACGUCGACGGUUGCCGUGUCGCCGUUCCGGUGCAGCGUGCGCGCCGACGUCAAGCGCAACGGCCACAUCUUCUCCGACGGCAUCGGUGUCAUCUCGUCAUCGCUCGCCGACGAUAUUGCGAUGAAAUUGCGUCUCAACUAUGUCCCGUCGGCCUACCAGAUCCGGUACGGCGGCUGGAAGGGCGUCGUCGCCGUUGACACGGCGCUGCCGUCGGCGACCACCGACAUGGCGCUGCGCGAUUCCAUGCGCAAGUUUGCCUCGGAGCACGAUGCUAUCGAGGUCUGCAGUGUGCCGCAAGUCUUGCCUGCGUACUUGAACCGGCAGCUCAUCACGCUCUUGACGACGCUCGGCGUUCGCGACGAUGCCAUUCUGGCGCUGGCCGACGAGAUGCUGCGCGACACGGCGGCACCGCUGGAUACGCUGGUCAAAGCCAUUCGGUUCGUCAAGGCAUAUGCGCCAAAGGCCCCGAUCCGACGUCUUCUCGAGGCCGGGAUCAGCAUCCACGACCCGCUCGUUGCCGACUGGCUGCAUCUGCUGCGGCAACAUUUGCUCCACAGCGCCCAGUUCAAAGCUCGGGUCCGUGUGCCAAAGGGCGUCGUGCUCAUGGGUGUCCUUGAUGAGACCAAUACGCUGCCCGAAGGCUGCAUCUUCUUUCAGUCCAGUGGCAUGUCGCGGUAUGCGAUCACACCACCGGCGUUUGGCACGCGCUGCGUCGUCGGCCGCAACCCGAGCCUUCACCCAGGUGAUCUUCGGGUGCUGACGUACACCAACGCCCCAGCCCUCCGCCAUCUCUUUGACGUAAUCGUCUUCUCGUCGCGCGGCCAGCGACCGCGGUCGGGGCCAAAGUACGAGUCCAAGACGGCGCUCGGCGAGCUCUAUCGUCGGUCGCGCGCUGUCUCGGUGCGUCCGCAACCGACUGACAACGGCGUCGACUGGAGUGUGGUCGUGCCGGGGUACGAGGCCCACGUGCAAGACGCGCGCCAUUGGUUUGUGCAGUACGCCCACGCGCUCUUCACGCUCUGUCAGCAGUUCGGGAUCCAGACCGAGGUCGAGCUCAUCUCGGGCUACAUCCAGAAACUCUCGCGCACGGUGGGUCGGGCCGAGCGACUGGACCCGGCCGACGACGCGGUCGAGCGCAUCCGAGUGGCCGUGCGGUUCGUGCAAGAGCACUAUGCGCGUGUGUUUUGGCGCGGCCUCGAGUCCAAGGCACCGAGUGAUCCGGCAGUGUUGCGCAAGGCGUCGGCGUGGUACUACGUGGCCAACACGUACGAUGAAGGCACGACAGCGUACCGCAGCUUUGCAUGGCUGGCGCUCGAGCCGCUGUGUGUGCUCUUAGACCAGCGCUAGCAUCGUACAGUCUCAUGUCUGUCGGAGGGAGACCAUUCCUUCAGUUUUGCAAUGACAAGUUGUUUGUUCAUCAUA